AUGGCAAGGUCAAGAAGAAAUGCAACAAAAAGUGGACCAAUGAGUGAGCAAGAAAUUGAUAAUAUGUAUGAAGCUAUGAUGUCUGAACUGAACAGAAUAUACUCAAACAUAAAUGAAGUGAUGAACCAAGUCGUGGAGCUCACAGUGGCGAUCAGUGCUCUCCAGCCACUUGACCCAAGGACAUCUGUCUUCUGCAUGAUUUCAGGAUUCCUAAUGCGAGGACACUUGUUGAAGAUAUUGCCUAGAAUAAGACAAAAUAGAGAAGAACUAAAAGAGAUCCUUGUGGAACUUGAGGCUGCUCUGGAAGACAAGAAUAGGGAGAUUGCUGAGUUUGAGGCUAGAACAAGCAUUCCGCGCUUGGUCGAAGCGCCGUCGGACGCUGUGUCAGCCCUGCGUGGGUGUUCUGCUGUUCUCUGGCAAUUUAAUUUGGCUUUGAAUAUGGUCUUCUAA